AUGGUGGACCAGUGUGCCCUCCGCGUCAUGCGCGAGCUGAGACAGUUCGCCCGAAGCGAUGAUCUCGCCAUCGACAUCUCCUACAAGGAACAGAACACCCGUGAGCUCAACGCUCUCAUCAUCGGGCCGCCAGAUACCCCAUACGCCCAGGGUUUCUACCAGUUCUUGAUCAGGAUCCCUCCUGAAUAUCCCGAAAAACCGCCCACUGUUACCCUGCAGACUACCAACAACGGACGAACACGUUUCGGUCCAAAUCUCUAUGCAAGUGGAAAGGUCUGUCUAUCGAUUCUAGGCACUUGGUCAGGUGAAUCCAACGAACAGUGGUCCCCGGUGCUGGGACUAGAAACGGUCCUCCGAUCCAUCCAGAGUCUCUUGGCCGCUAAGCCCUACAAUCUGGAGCCAGGCUUUGAGAACGAUGAUGACGAGGAACAGAGUGAACUGUACAACGCCAAGAUCCACCACGAGAACCUUCGGCUAACGGUCAUCGUCCCUCUGGAAAAAGCCUUUGACAUCAAAACCACACAACCGAGCACGAGGCCAGGCCAGGGCGUUUAUCUAGGGGCAGGGAUUUACCAAUCGAACUCCAGUGUGCCGGAAGCGCCAUUCCACCCAUUCCUCGAUACCUACAAGAGGCGGUUCCUGUGGUAUCUGGAAUCGUACAAGAUGGCCAUCGAGCAUGGCCUUAACGAUAAGAAAGCACGAGCCCGCCACUCCUUCCCUUUGAUGGCAUUUGAAUGCGCAGACAAUAUCAUGGGGGGCUCCUGGGAUUACGAAGACAUGAAAAAGCGCCUGGCAGUUCUCGAAUUGCGCAUCAUGGAGGAGACGAAAAAAUGGCCAGUCCAAGGGAAGGACAUGGACCAAAAGGACCAUCCACUCGCAGCAAGCCUUCGCGCACAGUCUCAGCAAAUCACGCGUCAGCUUACCCAGCGAACGGAGGGGAUGGUCGUCCUCGAGCUCGUGGAUGACAACCCGUUCCUGUGGCGCCUCAUCUAUCAUGGGAGGCCGAUGACCCAGUAUGAUGGAGGUGUUUUGAAGAUCAACAUCUUCAUCAGCCCCAAUCAUCCUGCAGAACAGCCGCGAGUUAUCCUCGAGACUCCGCUGUAUCAUGUUCGUGUCUCGCCACAGAACGUGCUCAUCUACCUCCCUCUCCAGGCAGAUGAGAUGAGCCGUCAUGUUGACGGCAUAAUCAGUUCUCUAGAGGAGGAUAAGCCGCCCGUCAAUCCUCUCAUGACGGUGAAUCCGGAGGCAAGUGCACUUUGCUGGGGGUCCAAGGAGGAGCAGCGACAGUAUAGUCGCAAGCUCCGCCGCUCAGUUGCGGCAACUCUGGAGUAA